AUGGAUGUUUGGGUAAGUCAGAAAAAACUACAUUGAUUUUUUCUGUAGUUUUCACCGUAUUUUUUCAAUACUAAAUCAGCAGAUAUGCUGACACUAGUACACAACUUAACUUUUAUGUAAUAAAUAAAUAUAAUGAUGAAUAUUGAUAUUGAAGAUCAACUUUCGGCUCUCCAUUGAAUUAAAGAAGAAGGAAUUACUAUAAAUAGCUACCAACUGAACUCUUGUUCUGGAAGAAAUUCACGUGAGUUUGAUUCUUCAUGAAGGCCGAUAGACUUUUUCAAGAUCUAUUUUGAUAAUGAGGUCUUGGAAAAAGUACUGACUAAUUCAUGAAGAUAUUACACUAAGAAGCUAUCAGAAAAGCAAAAAAAAAAAAUUGAAUAACCCUGAAAUUGAUAUAUUGAAUGAAAAGCUCUCACAGCUGAUCAUUGAAGAAGCAAAAGAAGAUGAGAAAGAAUCAAAAGCUCCUGAAAUAAUAAAUUCAAAGAAAAUCAAAGAAAUAGAUAUGAUUGAAUUAGAAGCAUACAUUGGGGUGAUAAUUAUGAUGGGAAUUGAUAGGAAACCAAAUUAUCAUAUGCAUUGGAAUACUCAUGGAUUAUGAGAGAGUAGUCUUAUAUCAAAGGCCUUAGGACUCAAAAGAUUUAUAAAUAUUGGAAGCAUUUUUCAUCUUUCUGAUCCUUUCUACUCAUCAAACUCACAAGAUAAACUAGAAAAAUUGAAUCCACUAAUGAGUCAAAUCGAAGCAAAAUCUCAACAAUAUUAUCUUCUAGAGCAAAGCAAAUCAAUUGACGAAUCUAUGAUUGCUUUCAAAGGAAGAAAUUCCAUGAAGCAAUAUCUUCCAAUGAAACCAACUAAGUGAGGAUUCAACAAUUUUGUCUUAGCAGGUUCAAGCAACGGUUAUAUUUAUAGAUUCAUUAUCUACCUAGGAAAAAAAUGAAUCUUCUGAAUUCUCUCCUGAAAACGUUUGCUUGAGGCUUUUGCAAGGACUAGAAAAUCAAAAUUUUCAUCUUUAUAUUGAUAAUUGAUAUAAUUCAAUACCAUUUGCUAUUGAAAUUGAAAUUGAAAGAAUUUUGGAAUUGAAUGCACUGGCACAAUAAAACAAAAUCGAAAAUAUCUUUCCGAAGGACUUCAAAAAGAUUAUUGCAGGAAUAAAUCAAAGUGAAUAUCUGUUUAUAAGAGCAGAUCAGAUACUUUUAUCUUGUUGGCAUGACCAAAGGAUGGUUGUUCGUGCAACUAAUGCAGGAACAUCAGCUGUAAUCACAAGAAAAAGAGGCAAAAGUGAAAUCAUGACAAUUCCAGAAAUUAUCGAACGCUAUAGGAAAUUUAUGAGAGGUAUUGAUAUGUUCGACCAAAAUAUGACUUAUUACUCAUACCCUCAUAGAGCAAUCAAAUGAUGGAAAAACUUUUUUUUUAUUUUCUUGAGAUAGCACUGAAUAAUUCAUAUAUUCUAUAUAAAAACCACAUGAUUUCAUUGAAUCAAAAAUUUUUAUCAUAUGAUAAAUACCGCAUUCAAAUCGCAGUUUUCUUUGUGUGCGAAAAAAGCAAAGCUAGAAGAGAAAAUAAAACUGUAAUAAAUCAAGCAAUUUCAGGAAUGCAUUGGAUAAUAAAAAUUGAAAAUACAAAAGAAUGCAUCUUCUGCUAUUAUCAAAAAGGAAAGAAAUCAAGGACUCUUUAUAUUUGUUCAGAAUGUAAGAUACACCUUCAUCCAAAUUGCUUUUAUAGUUAUCAUAAUAAUAUAAAAUAAAUUAUAGCUAAAUUAUUUUUUGUUGCCCCUAAAUGUUUGGUAUCAAGAGCAAUCAGACUUGGAGCAAAUUUAUGAAGAAGUCUUAGAUUUAGACGAUAUCAUUGAAAUAGUGGAAGCACCAAAGCCUAAAAAAUCUCAAUAUAUCCCAACUUUUACAGCAGCCCAAAAGAAAAAGCAUCCAGAUGAUUGAUCAGAUAUAGAGAGUUUAGCAGAAGAUUGUGUUUCAGAAAAAUCUGUUGAAAAUUCUGAAGCGAUCUCAAUUUCAUCUCCUAGAAUCAACUACAAUUAUGAAAUUCCUAUAUUUAUUAAAGCUACUGGAGAAGCUAUAGUUAAAUGAACUGAAAUAUAUUUACCUUUACAAUCAACUAUAGAAAAAUAUAAAAAAAGCGAUAAUGUUUUAAAAGUUGAUAAAAAUGGGAGUGUUGGGGAGUAUUUUGACUAUAUGAAUAGGCUUGCUAGGUAUAAGAGAGAGUUAAAGGAAUUUUAUGAAGAAAUAAGAGACAUUUCAGCAGAGCCUAAAAGAAUUGAGCUGCUUGAGCUAGAAACUAAAGAUUAUGAAAAAAGAUAUUUGCUGAAAAGACUAAGGCAGCUUAAUAGAGAAAUAGAUGAGACUCAAAAUACUUUUAAAGCACUCACUAAGAAAGAAAGAAUAAAAUACAAUGAAAUCAAGAAAUGCGACUUUUUAAAAAAUAUAGCUUGGAAUGGACCUCCUACUAAACAUAAAAAGCGUGAAACCAUGGUUGUAUUUCGAAGAGAAAAUGGAAUUUAUAUUAACUCUGGAAGUUUAAAGGAAAACAAGAAAGUGCCAUUUAUCAAUAAUGCUAUAGAUACUAAAGCACCUAUGUUGAAUAAAGCAAUCGAUAUAUUUCCAAAAACCAAUGGAACACUAAGAACUGAUGAUUUAUUGAUCCCAAUCAAGCCUUUAACAAAAAGCACAAGACUCCCGAUCGAGAUGGAUUUUUAUAAAACUCCAAAGAAAAAUAUAGGGCUUUCCCUUGAAUAGCCCGAUAACGGGCUGGCUUCAUUCCGUUAUCGGGCUAUUCAAGGGAAAGCCCUAUAUCUCGUAUCCAAAACCAUUCAACCCUGAGCCCAGAAUGCAGACAAGCAAUUCAUUGUGGGGUGAAAUUGAAGGCAAUUACAAAUUUGCUCAAAAAACAAAUUUCGCUAUAAAUCCACAAUUAUUUUCUCAAAAUUAUACAGCAAAGCAAGAAAUCUAUAAGAACGUUAAUUUUCUUUUUGAUAAAUUGCCUUGAGACGAUCUUUCAUUUUACGACACACAAAGUGCGACUCAUGAAAAAAUAAAUAAGGAUUUCCAGAAAAUGGUAUUUGAUUUACGCUUUCUUAAUUAUAAAAGAACAGAUGAAGCCUCAAAAGAAAAUAAACCUGCAUGCGAUGUUUCUGAUAAUGAGUCUGACGUUGAAACUGCUCCUACAGAGUCUAAAACUGAAGAAAAUUCUACAAAAGCUUCAGAAGAGGAACACUCUAUCUCAGAAGAGCUUCACCACGCAAAUAUAUCUUAUGAGUAUCCUUUAAAUAAAGGAAACUGGGAUGAUGCAGAGCUAAGAGAUUUUCAUAGACCUUUUAUUAAGAUUUCAGCUUCAAUAGAAAUAAAAGCAAUUUUGAAAGUCCCUGAACUAUCAUAUCCUUUAAAAGAAGAGCCUUCAGGCUAUGUAUCUUUUCAAACACAUGAAGAUUUAACGCUUAAGCGUGGUGCUUUUAUCCUUACAGAAUUCGUAGAAAAAAGACCUCCGCUCAUAAGUAAUAAUGGAAUGACUUCAAGGAUAACAAGAUACUUCAAAGGACAAGAUCAAAUGUAUUUAGAAUCUCAUACAGGGAAAUUAGGAAUCAUCAAGAGACUUUCACAUAAUCAAAAUCUUCCUAUUCUAGGACACUUAAAAGAUAACCAAAGUCUAUGUUUAUUAGAAAGCAAGCUUAUGAAGACUCCUUUGUUUUACCAUGACCACAAGAAAACAGACUUUAUUUUAAUCCACAAAAAAAAUAAAUGAAUUUUGAGACCAUUGCAAUAUGCCUAUACUUAUGGACAAACUGAGCCAAAAGUUAAAGUUUAUACACCAAAUUCAGUGAAACUAAGGAAAUUUGUUACUCAGAGAAGGCAAGGACUAAUAUUAAAAAUUCUGAAAGAAAAUGGAAAUAAAGUGAGCAUUGAUACCCUUGUGUCAAAUCUCCCACAUCUCCCUAAAUACUCAAUUAAAAAACAUCUUAAAGAACUUAAAUGCUUUUAUACUGAUAAUUUUUGGUCAAGCCCUACACUGCCUACAAAAGAAGAUAUUUUCAAUAAAAUAUCUCCUGAGGAUUUAUGCAAAUAUGAGAGUAUGCUUUCAGCAAAAAAGAAAUUAAAAGACAAAGGAAUUUCUUAUCUACCUUUCGAUAAGCUUUUUAGCUCAAUUAUGACGCUCAAAAGAGAAGUAAAGGAUAAAAGGGUUAACUAUUUAGCUGAUAUUAUAGAAGAUGAGCUUUUAAUGGCUCCUUGAAAUCUUACAGGUUCUUAUGUUCAAGCUCGGAAGCGAGGCAUGAUUGAAGUACUUGGGAGAGGUGACCCUACUUUUGGAAAUUGUGGAUAUUCUUUCCUCAAAAGAAUUUUAAAAAACUCCCCAUCAAAGCAACAAAUUGAAAAUUACCAAAAAGAGCUUAAUAAAAUUCUGAGAAAACAAAUAAGGGUUUUAGGAGAAGCAUUUUAUCAAGAUGACAGCAGCUCUGAUGAUGAAGAAGAAAAUGGACAAGUUCUCAGGAAAAUGGAAGCUGAUGGGCUAUAUAUACCACAAGAGACAUAUGUAGAAAAUGAAGCUAUCAAUGAACAACAAGCCUUAACAGACCUCCAGAAUACCCUAAAAAGUAUAAACACAAGCAAUAAAGAAAUCCCGGUAUCUCCUCCGCCUAACUCUAUUAGUUUGCCAAGACGAAAAGCUCUAAAAAUCACAGAAAAAAUUCCAAAUCUUGACGGAACUUUCAAUGUUUACGUGAAAUUCACUGAUGAUCAAGAAUUGGUUAAUAAAUAUCUCAUUAAUAAAAAGAAUGAAGAAAUGAAAAAGCUGCAGUUAGAAAAGGAAAGAGCAGCAAAAACUAUUGAAGAAAAGAAAAAACAAGAGAAAAAGCAAAUAAUCAAUUCUUUAACAAAGGAACUUAAAGAGAAGAAAAGGUUGAAGAGAAAGGCAGAAAUGAAGCUGGAAAAAGAGAGAAAAAAGUUGGAAGAGGAAAAAGCUUGGAAAGACCUAUGCAUACAGAAAUAUCAGUCUGGUGCUGUUUUAUUUAACACAGGGCAUGGGAAUAUGAUUUGUGGAAGGUGUGGGAUGGUUGGACAUAAUAAGCAGAAUAAAAAAAUUUGUCCUCUAUAUGAUCCUACAAAAGAGGAAGAAAAGCCUAAAAGAAUGAGAAAGGAAGAAGUGCUUGAAGUGUCCUCAACAAUUAAAAUUAAUAUUGAUGAACUUCCUGAACCUGAUUUGACUUUGAAAAAGCCUAGUAAAAUAACUAUGGUGGAUAAGAUUAAAUUCACUGUUAGUAUAUAUUUCAAAAAAUAAAAGCUACUCAAUGCUUCUGGCAUUAAAUUAAUUUGUUAUAGUAUAAAAAAAAUCGACCUAAAAGAACUGUUGACUCAACUGUAUUUAAACAAAAACCAGUGACUGGAAAACGAAGAGAAACAUGGAUGCAAGGAAUAUUUCAAGAAAUUUCAUCAAAACUUAUUUUUUGGGAUGAGAAAAAGAGAUUUUUGGAUCUUGAAGAAAUUGAAAACAGUAUAGAUUUAAGGAAAAUACAAGAAAAAGCCAAAAAUGCUGAAUAUAAAAACGUUGAAAACUUCCUGGCUGACAUAGACCAACUUGUAGAAACAGUCCUAAGCAUAGAAGAUCUGAAGCCUAAAGCAAGGAGACUUGUUAAAGAAAUGAGAAAAGGAGCUUUAAAAAUUUUAAUGAGCAAAGGACUAAUUGAACAAACAACAAUAGAAACAAAAGAAAGUGACGAAAGUGAAGAAGAAAGUGAAACUAGUGAAGAAGAAUCCAAUGUAGAGCAGUCUCUUAAUAUUCAAGAGGAUGGCGAUAUGCUUAUAAUAAAUACUUAA